AUCCUCACACUGUUAUAAAGAUGGAGUUUAUUAUUAAGGAGGAGAGAGAAGAUGUGAAGAUUGAAGAAACAUUGAGAGUCAAACAAGAAGAUACUGAAGAACAAACAGACCUCAUGCUGCUGAAAGAAGAGUGCAUAGUACCGAAUGAAAUGGAAGAGGAAGAACAAUUUGAGACUCGUCCUGAUUUUAAAACCGAAGAAGAAUCUUUCAGUUGGCUGCAGAUUAAAGAGACUUUCUCACAGAAAACAGCUCAUAAAACAGGAACUAAAAGUUAUUUCACCCCUCUUCACUGUGAAAAGAGUUUCGGUGAACAUGGAAACCUUAAAGUCCCCAUGAAAAUUCACACCGGAGGGAAGACAUUCUCCUGCCAACAGUGUGGAAAAAGAUUCAAUAGAAAAGGACACCUUAAUGACCACAUGAGAGUUCACACUGGAGAGAAGUCUUUUUUCUGCCAACAGUGCGGAAAGAGUUUCAAGCAUAAAGGAGAUCUUAACAGGCACAUGAGAAUCCACACUGGAGAGAAGUCUUUUACCUGCCAACAGUGUGGAGUCAGUUUCACACAUAAAGGAAACCUUCAAGUGCACAUGAGAAUUCACACUGGAGAGAAGCCUUACACCUGCCAACAGUGUGGUGUCAGUUUCACAAAUAAAGGAAACUUGUACAGGCACAUGAAAAUUCACACUGGAGGAAAAUCUUACAUCUGCCAACAGUGUGGCGUCAGUAUCACUCAUGAAAGAAACCUUAAAGAGCACAUGAGAAUUCACACUGGAGAGAAGCCUUACACCUGCCAACAGUGUGGAGCCCGUUUCACAUAUGAAGGAAAACUUAAAGAGCACAUGAGAAUUCACACUGGAGAGAAGCCUUACACCUGCCAACAGUGUGGAGUCAGUUUCACACAUAACGGGAGCCUUAAAGUGCACAUGAGAAUUCACACUGGAGAGAAGCCUUACACCUGCCAACAGUGUGGAGUCAGUUUCACAAAUAAAGGAAACCUUUACAGGCACAUGAAAAUUCACACUGGAGAGAAAUCAAUAACAGAUAACAACUUGCUGUCUUAAGAUAACCUGCUCCGGAGUAGGUUCUGUUUCAGGUUUAGCUUACUUCAGAGCUAUCAGCGCAUGUGUGCGUGACUUAUGAAUGAUAUCUGCAUUUUCCAUAAUGUAUUUCUAUAAUAAAAAUAUAUAUCUGAUAUGACUUGUAUAAAGGCAUUAAACAAACAAUACAAUUCUUAUUUUCAAGGAUUAAAGAUUUAAUUUACAGGUUCAAUGGGUAAGCUGGUGCAUUUUGGCUGCCGCUCCGGUGAGGAUUUAUGCUUUGCUGGGGUAUCUGCCACAGCGGAUGCGGCUUCGCUGAACAUGCUAUUACGUUACACUGUGCACCAGCUUUUAUCCAUAAAACGGAACUAUCGUCUGGCCAAAGACAUCUGUGACUGUUGCGGCCAAAUCAGUACAUUCGCCGGAGUACAGAACAUAGAUACUCAACAACAUCUUCUAUCCUUCCGAUCCUUGAUUCCCAACGGACGACUAAAAGACUGGAUUAUCCUGGUGUUGUCCCUGAUAAUUUACUACCAUUGCCCUGGGUGGAGUGAAAUUCCAGUGCAAUAGUGCCUACUAGAAGGGUUAUCUACAGCUCCCCUUGAGGAUAAAAUUUGGACACUUUUGCUCCUCUAAAAACACGCACUCUGUUUCGUACACUUGCGUCUCUUUCGUACACUCAACUCCUUGGUAGAGUGAUGAACUGUGCUCAAAAAAGGUUGCUUGCCGCAAACGAGCGUAAGUGGUGUUGCUCUGGCUUGAGUGUUGUUCAUCAGGCUUGGAAAGCAUCUCUGGGUCAAUAUAAAGUAGCACUUGAAAAAGCAAGAGCAUCCUACUUUUCUCAGAUUAUUGUAAAUAGCCAAAAUAAUCCCAUGCAGCACUUUCACACUGUUAAUUGUUUUCUUAAAGUGAUGGUGCUAAUUCUCAAACUGCUUCAGUUCAGUUGUGUAAUGAUUUUCUCACACAUUUUAGUGCUUAAACUGCUUGUGUCCGUAAACAUCCAUUUUAUUUCUCCGGCUCACAGAUGUCGGCAGUCAAUUUUUCAUGUUUUUCUGUAACUCCUCUAUCUAUUUUCUUCAGUUCACCCUGGAUCACUCUGUGUGCAGGUAUCUAAUAUGAAAGCUACCACUUGCGUACUUGAUCCCCUGCCAACUAGUUUAUUUAAAUCUUGUUUUGG